CGGAAUUGAAAACGCACAACCUGCGAUUUUUACCGAUUCGGCUCCCGUCAUGGCCCUUCCCACUGGCAACCAAGAACGCGACGCUCUACGCCGUGCUCUUCAUGCAUCCUUGCACGACGUUCUUCACGAUGUUGGAUUUGAUGUCCAGAAUCAAGCUCGGACCGUGAUGGACCCGGAGCCUUACCAUGCCUCCCAAUGGCAUGCGAUCCAUGAUGCACUUUACCGGAACCGCUGGUGAUCUGCUAUUUUCCGCUGCUUCCGCUGCCGAAUCUAGGCUUUACGAUCAAGUUCGUACGGCUCUACUUCAACGCCAGAUACUGGCUCGAGAGAAUGAACGCCUGGCUCUCGAAGAGCAGUAUUUGCAUAUGCUCCGCAGUGGUAUUCAGAACAAGAACAAGGGAUAUUCUAUGGGGUCUCCCGUUUCCCUGGGCUUCCUUGCUGCUCAGAUGCCACAUCAAGCAACGGCUCCUACCAUGCCUCCACCCACGAAGAACGGUAUCAAAGCUUUGGAGGCGCUUGGUAGUAGCCUUCGCAGCAAGACCGAUCCGUAUAUUGAUGUUUCUGCGGUCGAAGAUCCAGAUGCGGACGACUCUAACCUUCGUCGUACUCGCGGUGGAGUAUCGGAGCCCUUCCCGGAGAAACUUCACCGAAUGCUGGACGAAGCGGAGGAACGCGGUCAGACGGACAUUGUCUCCUUCUACUCGCACGGCCGUGCUUUUGGAGUACACGAUAUCGACCGUUUCGUGUCCGAAAUUAUGCCGAAAUACUUCAAGCAGAGCAAAUGGAACAGCUUUGCUCGUCAGUUGAAUCUGUACGGUUUUGUGCGUAUCUCGUCCGGUCCAGACGCUGGUGGCUACUACCAUGAGCUUUUCCUGAAGGGUCGCCCGAAUCUUUCAUUCCAUAUGCGACGAGUCGGUGUUCCUCAGGGUGAAGAUCGUCGCAAGUACAAGGUCAAGAGCUCAUUAGUGGAACCCGACUUUUACUCCAUGAAGCCUGUUGUGGCACAAACCAUGAAUCAUCCAGUGACAAGCGCCUCCCGAUAGAUUCCGCUGGGGAAAAGACUGCAAAUCGCAAUGCAAGCGUUUGUCUUUGGGGUAUAAAAGAAGAUAUCAGCGUGCUUAUCAAUAACUUAACUUACAGUAUAGUCUUUCUUAUAAGCUC